AUGGCGCUCGGCGCGAAGCGCGACCUCGCGAUGCCGCACCUCGAGGUCCCGGACGUGAGAUGGAUCGACUGGGACGCGCUCCACGCCGCGGGGUUCCGCGCGAUCGUCUUCGACAAGGACAACACGCUGACGAUCCCGUACGAGCGCCGGAUACACCCGCCGCUCGCGAGCGCGCUGAGGGAGUGCAAGCGCGCGUUCGGCGCGGCGAACGUGGCGGUGCUGAGCAACAGCGCGGGGCUGACGCAGGCGCGUUCUGAUUCACACUGGUCCCCGUACGACCGCGUUCGCGACGCGCUCGGCGUCGGGUUCCUUCGGCAUUCGUCCAAGAAACCGGGGGGGAGCUGCGACGCGCUCGUGCGACGGUUCGCGUGCGAACCGUCGCAGAUGGUCAUGAUCGGGGAUCGGUACAUGACGGACGUCGUGUACGGGAACAGGCACGGGAUGCUCACGAUUCGAUGCGCGCCGUUCACGGACGCGGUGCGAGACUGCUCCCCGUACGACCCCGUUCGCGAUGUGAACGCCGUUUCUUAA